AUGGUCAAGGUUGAAUUCAUUGAAGAAAAACCUAAAUACCCUCCCUAUGUCCUUGUAGAGGACACCUUGGGUCAUGACGCCUAUCAUGAUCCAGAGGACCAUCAGCCGACGGUGAAAACCGAGAGGCUAAGGUCCCCGAAAAAACAACAAAGCAAGAUCGCGCAGUCCAAGCCGACGAAGUUCCGGAUGAAGGCACCCGGAAACACCAAGUCGAUAGGCCCCGAGAAGGCAGGACUGGCGUCAUGGACAGACGCUGAUGUCACGAGGACCUAUCACCAACGCAAGCUGAACGCGUUCCUGGAGAGCGACCCCUUCGCAAAGAUCCUGGAGAUCCGGCAGCUGGGUCAACUCACUGGGCCGGUGUCGACCCUGCCACGGCUGCACUCCGUCACGGACGCGAUCACAGCGCUGGUCACCAUGCUUCGUGAAGCGAACAUGGUCGCAGGGCGGCUCGACCCGGAUGACCUGCUAUCCCUGGGAUUCGACAGAAUCACAAAAGCGUUAGAACAUAUACACAAGCGUCUGUCGAUCCUAGUUGGUACCACGCCAGCAACGGAACACCCACCUCUGGUGACACCCACACAAACACGGUCCAAGGACAGCCAGAUGACGCUUCAAGACAUCACGGUGGAUCCUCAAAUGUCCGGAGCCGCCGGUCACCCAGGGGCGAAUUAA